GGGACAUCACCGUGUUGUUGUGUUUUGUCGAGUGAAAACUGCGAGCUGGAGGCCAAGCAGCGGGUGAUGGAGGACAUGCGUCUGGCCCUGACUGAGCAGGAGGAGACCCAGGAGCAGAUGGAGCAGGUCCUGGAGGAGAAGAUGGGGCUCCUCCAGGAGCUCUCUGCUGAGGUAAACAGGCUGAAGGAGAAGGUGCUGCAGCAGAACCAGGGAGCCGGCGGGCCCUCAGAGGACCUGGACCUGGCCAAGGAUGAAGCUUCACGAGCUCAGGAGAGCUUAAAGCGUAGCGACUCAUGUGACUACAGAGUGGUCAUCCUGAUGCGGGAGAGAACUCAGGGCAACAGCGUCACGCAGCUUCACAAGAAGCUGCAAGAGGAGCACAGCGCAGCGUGGACCCGCCGCACGCUGGACUACUUUGCUGCCUGUGAGCCCUUCACUGACUCCUGUCUGGUCGAGCCGCCAGUGUUCUCUGCCCCCCCGCCCCUCCCGGCCCUCCCUAAACCCAAGUGGCUUCUGGCUGUGUACGCCAGGGACGUCCUGUCACGGCUGCCUGAGGUAAAGGCCAGAAUAACCUCUGUGUUUGGCUCCGUGCUCAAGAUGGACUCCACCAAAAAGGUUACCAAGAAAGUGGCGGGUGCAGCUGCCAACACAGCUGGGUGGUGCACCAAUGUGGGCAACGAGCACGGCCAGGUUCUGGUGUGGGUCCUGACAGCAGCAGAGGGCCAUGGACUGUGGCCCAUGGCGGCUGGUCUUAUGAGGCGCUACAGGGAGGCAGGAGUGGCACCUCCUGUCAUAAUGUAUGUGGAGCGGGACUGCUGCAGCCCCCACGGACAGUCACAGGUCAGGGCCAUGUUCGCUGAGUGGAGGGAGCUUCAGGUGCGCCUGGACAUCUGGCACUUCAUGCGGCGUUUUGCAGCAGGAGUCACCACUGAGGCUCAUCAGCUGUAUGGAGUAUUCAUGGCUCCACUGUCCAGGAGCAUCUUUGAGCUGGAUCCGGCAGAUGUUGCUGCUCUUAGGCUGGCCAAGCAGGGGCAGCUUCUGGCCCAGGGAGUUGGUCCAGUCUCUGAGAAGGCCCUGGACCAGAUGAUCACCAGGAGGGAGUUGGCUCUUCACUGCUGCAAGAGGACCAGGGGAGCAGAGGAGACAGCCAGGAGGAUCAAGGCCCUGGUGGAUGAGAUGGACAGUGAGAAGGGGAGGGACACUCUGGGAGGACCACUGGUGGACCACGAGUGCAUUCAGCAGGUCUGGAAGGAGCAGCAGAGACACAUCACCUGUAUUCAGGACCCAGAGGGCUUCUCUCUGUACCUGAAGACAGGCACACUGAAGAAGGGUGGUGUGGACCUCUGCUGCUACCGCUGUGCUCGUGGCUCCACCUCCUUGGAGUCCUUCCACCUCCAUCUAAAUCGCUUCAUCCCAGGGACCAGUGCCAGCGACGCCCACUUCCAGGCCGACCUCCUGGAGGGUCUGAUGCUGGAACCAGGACCGCAUGGAGGAAGCUGUGAGCUGAGGAUCUACAGCAGCGCUGAGAGGGAGGCCAUGGACCGACUCAGCUUGGACGAGCGCUACCAGCCUCCUGGGUCACAUACAGGGGAGCUUCUUGGGAUGGAGUACCUUUACAGUCAGUCUGGUCGUUCGCUGACUGUAAUGGACAACCCAGAGGAAGAGGAUCGGCUGGUGGAGCUGAUGGAUGAUGAGGCGGUGCGCGAUGAAGGCUUUGUGGAGGAGGAACCCGAGAACCUGAGCGUGCCCGUCCUCUUUGCUCCAGAACACAGCAGCGUCCAGCAGGCCUCCAGCCCCUCUUCCUCUGCACCGUCCACAUCCAGCCGAGGAGAUCUACGUCAGCGCCUCAGCCAGAGUCCUCUGCCUCCUCCUCUGCCUCCUCCUCUGCCUCCUCCUCUGCCUCCUCCUCUGCCUCCUCCUCUGUCUCCUCCUCUGUCUCCUCCUCUGCCUCCUCCUCUGCCUCCUCCUCUGCCUCCUCCCCUGCAGCGCUCUGUCCAGCCAACUGGAGCCUCUGGUCCUGCAGCAUCAGCUGGGUCCAGCGUUGCAGACCAGGCCCCUGCUGCAGUCCUCGGACCUGACGGCAUCCCAGGCUGGGAUAAGGUCCAGGACUUGGCCGAGUACCUGGUGACCCUGCGUCAGGCUCUCUACCUGGACGAGCAGCAGGUCAGAGGUCAUCUGCCUGUGACCUCUGACCUGGACAAGAGGAGGAUCCAUUACCAACCCAGGCACCAAGCCCAGCUGGCACACGGCCGCUUUAAGGCCCCCAAGAAUACGGGCGUCACCCCGGGUGUGGACAGUGUCAAGAGGAGCCUGAUUGGUCCUCCAGGGGGACCGGCUCAGUGGCCCAGCACCAGUCGUCUAGUUGAGGCUCUGUGCAUUAAAUUGUGUUCAUUGCACAAGUCCCCAACAAAAAAGGAUGGAGUGCGGCUUCCUCGGUGGACCAAAGUUCUCACCGACUACCACCACAUCUGAGACCUGGUGCUGGACUGCCCCCCCCUGAUGGAGGCCACCUCUCUUCAGCUUUUUGUCCUCAAUCAGAGGACUCUGACACAGUGGUUUAAUCGAAGGGAGAGCACGCAGGAGAUUAGUGUCCUCACCCAGGGCCUUGCUGCAGAGGACCACAUCGUUGUGGCCAGCUCACAGCUGCCUCCUCCGUGGGAGAAGCUGGACGAAGCGCCGUCCCCCUCAGGACUCCAGCAUGAGUUUGCCCUCCCGCCAAACAGAGCAGCACUCCCAUGAUCUUUUCCAUGAUGCCAGCCACACCAGGAGCACGUGGCAAGGCAUAUGGACGAUUACAGACUACAACACACCCUCCCCCCAGCCUGCCGCUUCCUACUUCCUCCACCAGAUGCCGCCUAGGAGCAGAGCCCCUGGAGAAGCGUGUGGUGGAACCCGGGGACACACCUGUGGUGCAUUUGCUGACUGAGGCUGGGGAUAUUUAAGAAGCGGCAAGCUGACACUUCCUUGCCUGAGUGUUUGUUUACCUUGGUCUACCUGGAUUCCUCUGGAGUUUUCUCGAGAGAAAAGUUUUGUGGAUCGUUUGUUUCGGAUCACGACCAGCCGCCAGCUCGCUCCCCAUUCAGCCUGUCUUACCUGUCCGCCCUCCAACGGUUCACUACCUCCCCACGCCGCCCUGGGUCUGCCGCUGCUUCCAAGAGGACCUCCAUAUGCUCCUAUGGCUGAACUGGUUAUCCCUUCCUGACUCCUGCUCCGUGCUUUCUCCCCAACCCUGUCCCCUCUGUUCAAUAAACUUUAUUAUUGUUUGCAUACGCGUCUCCUGAUUGUGUUCAUGCAUGUGGGUUCGUAAACUGGAACCAAUCAUGACAAUAACAGAAUCAGAAUGUUUAUUAUUGUGAUUGUACAUCAUGUUCCACACAUGUACAACG